AUGAAGUCUCUUACGAUAUUCUUGUUGCUAGCUAUGCUCAUGGCCUUAGCUUAUACUCUAUCUGCUACAACUGAAGAAGACUCGUUCGUGGCCAUCGAAAAUGAUGAUGAUUCCACAAACGAGGAUGAAAAUACUGAUCUUCCCUGGCUUGGUACCCAAGAAACAACAUCUUCUUUGCGAGGGGCAAACCGGUUUCUAGCUCAGAAAACUCGGGCUGCCAUGACAUGCAAUAAGUACCCUAGGGUUUGUCGUGCCAAGGGCAGCCCCGGGCCGGAUUGCUGCAAGAAGAAGUGUGUGAAUGUGCUGACAGACAGGCUUAACUGUGGAAUGUGUGGUAAGAAGUGCAAGUACACUGAGAUAUGCUGCAAAGGUGAUUGUGUGAAGCCAAUGUCUAACAAGAAGCAUUGUGGGGGUUGCAACAACAAGUGCAAGAAAGGGAAUGCAUGUGUGUAUGGAAUGUGUAGUUAUGCAUAG